AUUACAGAAAAGUCAAAUAAUGCCCCCAUUAGAAAAAUAAGAAACUGCAUAUGACUUAGACAUCUCACCUUGAAGAAGAGAAGAGGAGGAGGAGAGCAGAUGGAGCUCCAUAAGCAUGAUCUUGAUCUUGUGCUAGUCCCAGGUGGGCUGCUGAUCAUGUUCUUUUACCAUCUCUUCCUCCUCUACAGGUACUUGCACCAGCCUCACACGACCCAGAUGGGAUUCGAGAACCACGACAAGCGAGCCUGGGUCAAGAGCAUUAUGCAGAGCGAAAAGAAGGAUGUCGGGACGUGCCUAGGGGUGAUAUCGUCCAAUAUCUCGGCGGCGACAUUCCUCUCCUCAGUCUCCCUCACUCUAAGCUCCCUUAUUGGCGCUUGGAUAAGAAACUCAACCAGCAACUUCUUCCAAAGCGACCUCAUCUACGGUGACACAAGGACCACCACGAUCUCCAUUAAAUACAUCAGCCUCCUCGUCUGCUUCCUCCUCGCCUUCACCUGCUUCGUCCAGUCGGCGAGGCACUUUGUCCAUGCCAACUACCUCAUCAGCACCCCUGGCAGUGACAACUCGCUGUCCCGGAGCAUCGAGAUUGCCAUAAUAAGAGGCAGCCACUUCUGGUCGGUUGGCCUCAGGGCCCUUUACUUCGCCAUCGACCUGCUGCUCUGGUUUUUUGGGCCUAUACCAAUGUUCAUCGGGUCCAUAGCCAUGGUGCUCCUGCUUCAUUAUCUCGAUUCAAAUUCCGAGCCUCUGAAUCAGCACCAGUACUUGAAGAGAGUCGAGAAGAUAGUCGAGGAGAGAGUCACCGAGGUCUCUUUGGCCAUUCGUGGGCAUCAUGUGGAGUAAGAGAGACAGGGGGCAAAUUUCUCAAGGAAUAACCACAAAGAUUGAGGGUAUUUUAGGCGUAAAAAGAAAGUUUUGAGGUCAUAAUUGGAUUAAAUUUAUCUGGUUUUGGCUCUUUUGUGUAUAAAAGGAUAUGAGAACAUUGUCCUGUUGCUGUUUUUCGUUUUCUCUUUCAAAUUGUGUGGAGGGACAAUUGUAAACAGUUACUGAGAAUGUUCAUCUUUUUUCUUUCCCAUGCAUCAGCUAGUAUGUAUAAGCUCAAUGAGUUUUGACUAAUUCAUAUUCGAGUUGAAUCGACU